AUGGCAACCGACUCGAGUGAUGAACCAUCUAGCCUUCAGCUUCUCUUGCAAAGGAUGAAGAGCAGAAAUGAUAGGCUCGAGGAGCUUGUCAAGUGCAUACGGGAGGACAACGACAGCCUCGAACGGCGGCUCGAGCAGUCCGCGUGGGAAGUUGGCAAGUAUCGUUCGCGCUUCACAGACCCACGAGACUUCAAGACCGAAGCUGGUCGUUUUUGA